UACCGCACGUACCUGCGCUUCCUGCGCAUCCAGCAGAACAAGCCCAAGCUCGACGACUUCAACCCGUUCCGCGUGCUCGGCCGGGGCGGCUUCGGCAAGGUCAACGCGUGCCGCACCUACACGACGGGCCGCAUGUACGCCAUGAAGUCCUGCAUCAAGAAGCACGUCAAGAAGGGCAACGCCUUCCAGCUCUGCGCCAACGAGCACGCGGCGCUCAAGGCGCUCGACUCGCCGUUCACGGUGAACCUCAAGUACGCCUUCGCGACGAAGGAGGAGCUCGUGCUCAUCAUGGACCUCUGCAUGGGCGGCGACCUGCGCUACUGGCUCAAGGCCGAGGGCAAGUUCGCCGACGAGCGCACGAAGUACUACGCCGCGCGGACGAUCCUCGCGCUCCGCGACAUCCACGCGAUCGAUCUCGUCUACCGCGACCUCAAGCCGGAGAACGUGCUCGUGGACUCCGACGGCCGCACGCGCCUCAGCGACAUGGGCCUGGCGCGUCCCCCCCGCGCCGUGCCGUACAAGGAGGGCAUGAAGGGCUGCUCGGGCACGUCGGGCUACAUCCCGCCCGAGGCCGUCGCGGGCGACGUCUACGACAAGACCGCCGACUUCUUCGCGCUGGGCUGCCUCGUCUACGAGUGCUUCAACGGCCGGUCGCCGUACCGC